AUGAAACCAAUAAUUAUGAAGGCCUUCGAUAAAAAGUAUAAGGUUAAAACUGGUAUUUCAAUCAUUGGAAAUACUGAAUAAUGUAAUAUUCAAGUUCCAUUGCCUGAAUGUUUUAAAUUGAACUACGAUUCAAAUAUUUUAUGGAUUCAACCAAUCAUAAAUAUUCAUAGAAUUAAUGGCCAAGGAGAUGCUCAACUAUUAAGGAUAGAUAAGGAAUAUGAAUUAGAUUUGACAACAGGUCAAAAACAUAUCAUCGUACAAGAACAAACCUUAACCUUUGAAUAUGUGAAACCCAAAAGCAUCAAAAUCAAUCUCAUCAAACAAAACAAACCAAAUCUAACAAUUAUAGAACCAUCAAUCAACAAGAAGAUUUAGAAUGAAUCAAAUGACUAACCCCUCACAAACUCAUAGAAAUCCAAAACCUAACCUAAACAUUAUUUAUUAGUUUAAAAUUAUAUUAAAUAAUUGAAUGGAGAAUACAGAAUCAAAUUUUCUAACUUUGCAGUUUGCAAUGAUGACCUCCUUAAAUUAUUAAAAAUGGGCAUUUAUGUUGAUAUAGAAUAAUAUAACAUUUUGGUUAUGGAAACAUUCAAGAGAACUUUUAAUCUCCUUUUAGCGAUCAAUGAAGGGAAAAUGAUUGUCAAUUCUUAGUGGAUUAAAGAUUGUCUCUCCACAAUGCAAAUUUAGAAUCCCUAUCUUUACGUUUUGAAAAAAAAUAAUUUAAGUAUCUUGAAUUCCAUUGAAACUUCAUUGUCACAAUCAAUUUUCCUAAAUAAGUAGUUUAAUUUGAGCCAGGAUUUGAAAUCAAAUCUUAAAAAUGAAGAAAUUAUUUAAUUGAUAGAGGCAGGAGGAGGAUCUAUUGGAAAUGGAGAAAAUUCAAUCAAAAUAGUAAACAAUGGUGAAGCCGGAGGGUUGGAAAUAGAACAACUUUUAUAAAUGAUCUUGUUUUAAAGAGUUUGA